UUAACAUUCCAAUCUGGAUUCAUCAGCAUAUCCUCAGUCUUAGCAAAGAAUUUGGGGUAGAAUCUCAAGAUUUCAAGGAGGCGCUAGCCUUAUUCAUGAAAAUUGAUGGCAAGAAACAGGAAAGAAUAGACAAACAACAGAACCAUACAAAUGCUAAAAAGAAGGGGGCACAAGAAUUAAAAGGAUUAGAAAUGGGAAACAGAUUCAUGAGUAAUGGUACUAGAACCAAGGGGGGAUAUCUGGCUAUACUUGAUCAAUGAAGAUCAACAUAGUAUCCUGGAAUGUUAGGGGGUUGAAUUGUAUACGAAAGAGGGCUUUUAUUAAAAAACAUGAUCCAGUCUUGGAAAACGGAGGUAAUAUGUUUACAAGAGUCCAAAGUGGAGGGGGAUAUCAAGGAAGUGAAGGACAUGUGGGGAAAUAGAUGGGUUAGAUUCGCCCGAUUAGAGGCCAGUGGAACCUCGGGUGGAAUUAUCAUAAUGUGGGAUAGUAGAGAUUGGGAAGGGGAGGUUAGUAGUCUUGGUUCUUAUUCAGUGUCUUGUAAAUUUUGUGGUAAGAAUCAAGACUUCUCUUGGCAUCUAACAGGUGUGUAUGCACCUAAUGAUCGUAAAGAGAGGGAGGAAACAUGGGGAACUUGGUGCAGUCAGGGGUUUAUUCGUAAGUCCUUGGGUUUUAUGCAGAAACUUUAGCACAGUUAGAUAUCUAUCGAAAAAGAAAAACUGCAACAGAAUCAACAAAGCAAUGAUAGACUUCUUUGAAUUUAUCGUAGAUUUGGAGCUGGUAGAUCUAGAUUUAAUAGGAGGUCAGUUCACUUGGAAAAUGGGGGACAAACAAACAAUAGCAACAAGAUUGGACAGAUUCCUUAUUUCAAAAAAAUGGGAUACAAGCUUUAGAAAUAUAAAGCAGUCGAUUCUCCAUGGGUCUCUGAUCACUUUCCACUUUAACUGCAAUGUGGUGACUGAGAACACACCAAAACAUACUUUAAGUUUGAGAACUGGUGGCUGCAAACUGAAGAAUUUGGGGCAAAGGUUAAGAUCUGGUGGGACUCUAUUCAUUGUUUUGGCAAACCUGACUACAAUUUAGCCUUCAAGCGAAAAGCUUUGAAGGAAAAGUUGAAAGAAUGGAGUAAAACUAUUCAAGGUAACCUUAGUUUACUAAAGCAGAAUGUUAUUAAAUAGUUAGCUGAGUUGGAAGAAAUUCAAGAACAAAGGGGGUUGAGAGGAGAAGAAUUAGCUACAAGACUGACUCUAAAUAUGGAAUUUGAAGAUAUUGCAAGAAAAAAGAGAUUGCAUGGAGGCAAAGAUCUAGGGCGCUAUGGUUGAAACAAGGUGACAGGAAUACAAAUUUCUUCCAUAGGACUGCUAAUGCACACAGAAGGGUUAACACCAUUGACAAAGUCUCAAUGAGAGGGGAUAUUUUGACAGACCCAGUAGACAUUAAGAAAGAGAUAGUUUCAUACUAUGAAGAGCUUUACAUAGAAACAGUGGAAUGCAGACCACAGUUCAAUAUGAGAGAUUGCCUAAUGAUUGAUGCCGGAGACAAUGAGAUGCUAAUGGCCACCUUUGAGCCACACGAAAUCCUGCAAAGUAUCAAAUCAUGUGCAGGGGACAAAGCCCCAGGGCCAGAUGGGUACACUAUGGCUUUCUUCAAUCAGUGUUGGGAGGUAAUUAGCUCAGAUGUGAUGGCAGCUAUACAAAAUUUUCAUGCAGAAGGUUUUUUUUUGAAAAAGCUACAAUUCUACAUUUGUGGCUCUUAUUCCCAAGAAAGUGGGGGCUAUUGGACUCAACGACUACAAGCCAAUCAGUUUAAUUGGGAGCGUAUACAAGAUCAUAUCAAAGAUGUUAGCAGAACAGUUGAAGAAGGUGAUACACAAAGUGGUGGACAGACAAUAAAUGACUUUUAUUAAAGGAAGACAAAUCACAGAUGCAAUUCUAAUAGCUAACGAGUGUGUCGAUGCUAGACAGAGGAGUAAUGAGCCAGGAAUUUUGUGCAAACUUGAUGUCCAAAAAACUUUUGAUAAUCUAAACUGGAUCUGCUUGAGCUCCUUCAAAAGAUUUGUUUUGGUACCAAAUGGAUAAAGUGGAUCAAACACUGUAUUAUUGCAGUAAAAUUUUCAGUCUUGAUAAACAGAAGCCCAAUUGGAUUCUUCCUCUCACAGAGAGGGAUCCGUUAUCCCCUUUUCUUUUCAUUUUGGCAAUGGAAGGAAUGGGCAACAUGAUUCAAACUCCCAGAUUAAAUGGUUGGAUCAAAGGAUUUCAGGCAAACCCCAGGCUAGUGAACAACCGAGAAAUAACUUAUCUACAAUAUGCGGAUGAUACUUUAGUGUUUUGUGAGGCCUCAAAAAGACAAGUUUUGAUUCUGAGGAUUAUUUUUAUCUCGUUAGAAGCAAUAUCAGGUCUCCACAUUAAUAGGGGGAAGAGCUACAUAUAUCCAGUGAAUGAGGUGAAUGACAUUCAAGAAUUGGCAAAUAUUUUUGGUGGUAGGGUGGGUGAACUACCUACAAACUAUUUGUGUAUGCCUGUGGUGCUAAGAGCAAAUCAAAAAGGAUUUGGAAUGGUGUGCUAGAAAAAUGUGAGAAAAGGUUAAAAAAUUGAAAGAGUCGGUACAUAUCAUUAGGGGGAAGAUUAACCUUAAUCAACACUGUGCUUGAUGCAAUCCUCACUUAUAUGAUGUCUAUAUUUUCUGUCCCUGUUGAUCACAUUAACAAGAUCGAUAUUUUAAGGAGAAACUUCCUCUGGCAAGGCAAUGAAGACAAGACGAAGAUCCAAUUAGUGAAAUGGCAAGAAUUGACUAACAAGAAGGAAGGAAGGAGGCAUGGGAGUCAAGAACAUGAAAGCACACAAUAAGAGUUUGAUGUUGAAGUGGCUAUGGAGAUAUGCCACAGAAGAGAAUAUGCUAUGGAAAAAUGUCAUCAGAGUUAGAUAUGGAGAAGAAGGCAACUGGACAACAAACCAAGUAUCUACGCCAUAUAGAUGUAGCAUUUGGAGGUCCAUCGGGAUCUGGCCUUUAUUUAAGUCAAAACUGGGAUACAAGGUCAGGAAUGGUAGAAAGAACUCAUUUUGAAAUGAAAACUGGAAUGGUCAAGCCCCUCUCAAACAACUACAUCCAGAAAUUUUUAGCUUGUGUCAACAACAACAAGCAACAGUGGUGGAUAUGUGGAAUGUACAAGGAUGGAAUCUCAACCUUAGAAGAUUUUUGAAUGAUUGGGAACUGACGAAAAUAAUAGAAUUCUACAACACACUUGCGCAGUUCAAUGGUUUUGUGGAGGAGGAAGACAGGUUGGUUUGGCAACCUGAAAGCAAGGGGAAAUUCUCAAUAAAAUCUGCUUACAAGGUUCUAAAUUCUUGCAACAAUCAGGUGGAGUGCUGGCCAUGAAAAAUGAUAUGGAAAGUUAAAACUCCACACAAAGUGGCCUGUUUUAGCUGAUUAUUGGCGAAAGAAGCAGUUGUGACUCAAAAAAAUCUGGCUAAAAGAGGAUUUCAAUUAUGCUCAAGAUGUUACUUGUUUGGUGAACAUACAGAGACAAUCAUUCAUCUUUUCUUACAUUGCAAAUGGGCUGACCAGCUGUGGAAACUUUUUAUCAACUUCAAGAAAAUUAGAUGGGUGAUGCCAGGUAGCAUUAAGGAAGUUUUACAAUGCUGGAACAAAGAUGCUAAUGCAGCCAAUAAGGAGGAGAGAUGGAAGAUUGUCCCAGCAUGUUUGGUGGUCCAUAUGGGCAGAAAGGAAUUAGAGAUGUUUUGAGGAAAAAUAUAGCAAAAUUCAGAAGUUCAGGAUGAAUUGCUUAGGCCUCUUUUACUUUUGGUGUAACCCGGAAAUGUUAACACAAACUAGAGAUAUUUUGAUGUGCUAGGUAGUUUGUUAUUAGUAUAGUACUCAGGACCUUUUUGUGAUUGGCUACCUUUUGAGGAUUACUACACAAUUUGUGUAGUAUACAUGUUGAUAUCUAUGUAACUGUUACUUUUAUUUAAAAAAAAGUGAAGUGCUUUACUUGGUUGGUUAUUAGAAAGGCAUGCUUGACACAUGAAGUUUUGAGGAGGAAAGGAAAGAUCAUACUUCCCGGGUGUUCUUUGGGAAGACGGGAGACUAAUAGUUACCUCUUCUUACAUUGUCCUUUCACAGCACAGGAUUUGCUUGGGUUGGUCACGGUUAUGGACCUAUCCCAGCGUCUGGAAUUAAUAUGGUACAUGUUUCUCAACUUGUCAGAAGUUAAAUGGACUGUGCCAGAACAUGCAUCUGACUUGUUUAGUUUUUGGAUCAGGAGAGGAGGUAGCAAGAGACAGAAGAUUUGGUGGAAUCUUUCCACAGUGCAUUUGGUGGAUUGUGGGGAAGGAGAGCAAUAGUAUGAAUUUUGAAGAUAUAUCCAAUUCCAUCCACAAGGUUAAAUGGACUUGCAUGGAAGCACAAACAUAUGCGCAGGAGAAUGGUCUUUUCUUCAUGGAAACAUCUGCAAAAACUGCAGCUAAUGUUAAUGACGUUUUCUCUGAAAUAGCUAAGAGACUACCUCGGCUUCAGCCAGCACAAAAUCCAUCUGGGAUGGUUCUUAUGGAUGGGCCUGCGCAAACACCGGCUACUGCUUCUUGUUGCUCUUAAAUCUCUGCUGGUGCUUCUUAGCUCAAUGUUGGUUUUGUUUAAUGUGUUUGUGAUGAUUUUUAAGAGUUUAUUGUGUCAUACCAUCACUGUACAAAUAUUUCAUGAAAAAUUGUUCAAUGUGAUACUCUUUUCAAGGGCCCUCCUAAUGUAAUGAGAUUCUGUGACAUGCUUCAGUAUGCUAUUAAGCAAUAUAUUACAUCUUUCAUAUAA